UGAAUCCCCACCCCUUCACAGCAUCGUUUGUUUGUUCGCCUUGCGGAUGUGGGCCGAGAAUGUCGUGGGAAUCCUCUCAGAACAUCCUCAGAUCAACGAAGAUGACGAGAAAGUCAAAGGCAGGGUGGUGGACGAGGACGCGUUGCUGGAGAUUCGGAGAUUGUUGGGACAGGAGAAAGGCCUCGCUCUGUCGGAUUCCUUCCUCCGCAAGUGCCUGGUCUAUCAGAACGGCUGCGUCCAGCGCGCCUCCGGGACGGCGGAGCGCUUCAUCGCCUUCCGCCGGGCGGAGAGGUGGCCCUUCAGACUCAUGGUGUGGGAUGUGGACGUGGCGUUGAGGACGGGGCUUCAUUGGCUCCUCCCCGGUGUCGCUGCCAGCGAUGCGUUGCCGGCCGUGUGUUUGGUCUUCAACAUGGCGGCUUUGGAUCCAUCCAGGUGUUCCAUCCAGCAGUAUCAGAAGCUGACUUUGUUUCUGAUGGAAUGUGCCACGGAUGCCCUUGCAGUGCAGCAGCGUGGCGUGGCACUGCUGGCGGAUUUCAGGGAGCUGAACGUGGGCCGUUUCCGCCGUGCGCUUGGGGUGGAGGACAUCAAGCGCGGCCUGCGCUGCUGGGUGGGCUCCUUCCCCUGCCGGGUGCGGCGGAUCUGGCUACUGGGGGCGCCCACGGUGGUGAGAUGGCUCAUCGCGGCAGUCUCCAACUUUUUAUCGGCCAAGGUGCGCCAGCGAAUUCGCAUGACGGAGAACGUGAAAGACGUCGCGGAGGACCUGGGCCUCUGCAUCAAUCUUCCAACGUCUCUAGGUGGAGAAUCACACUUCGAUUGGGAUGCUGAGGUACAGAAAUAUCUUACAGCCAGCAAAGUCUCCUUGUAGGAACAGGUCAAAAUUGAGGGAUUGAAGGCCGAGACCACAAGUGAGCAAUGCCCC